UAAAUAUAAAAAGAUAUAAUAUCUCAAAAGUCGGACUAAAUGAGAUGACUUUAAAAAAUCUUGUUAGAAUUGUGACAGCAAUUGUUUGAUAUUUGUAAGAGAUGAAUGCUUGCACAAAGGAGAACCAAUCAACUAUGUGUGAGCGGAGGCAAGGUUUGAAUCAAUUCUUCUACUUCGAUGUAGAGGGUACUUGCUACUGCACACCAACUGUUUGUACAAUGUCCUCACUGAGCAGAAAAAUUUGGUCGGAUCGUAGACAUCUCUUUCAAAGCUUGACAAAAAUGAUUCCAAGGAACAAGGAAAGAACCAUCCCGACAGAGAAUAUAGUUUGUAAGAAUUUUCCAUGCAACAAGUCCACACUCUUAGAAAUUUCAAUGCUAAGGACUAAAUCAUCUUCCUUAAAACAUAUGAUGAAGGCAGCCUAUCGUUAAUUUUCUGUGUUAUGGAAGCUCGAAUACUUCAGUUUGUUUCAGUUGUUCUACUUCUCCAAUUAUGUACUUGCAAAGAUACCAUUACCUUAAACCAAACUCUUAAAGAGGGUGAUCUACUAGUGUCGGAACAAAGCAAUUUCGUGCUAGGAUUUUUCAGCCCCGACCACUCUAAGCAUAAAUAUCUUGGGAUUUGGUUCAGUAAAGUAUCAAUACAAACUGUGGUUUGGGUAGCCAACAGAAACAGUCCCAUCUCGGGAAGUUCUGCAUCAGGAAUUCUCUCCGUCAAUCGACAAGGAAACCUUGUUCUUUAUAGUACUCAAGGCAACAUUCAAUAUUGGUCUACUAAUGUCUCUAAAGAAGCUAGAGAUCGAACAUGGGCAGUGGAGGCUCAGCUUCUGGAUACAGGAAAUUUGGUGUUUGUUCAAGCUGUAAGUAGAACAAUUUUGUGGCAAAGCUUUGAUCAUCCAACGCACACGUUUAUACAAGGUAUGGUACUUGGGCUUAAUCGUCUAUCAGGUAUGAACCUGUAUCUAACAUCAUGGAGAGCAGCAGAUGAUCCAGUAAUUGGAGAUUAUUCGUUUAAGCUUAACCCAAGUGGCGCUCCACAGUUCUAUAUAUAUAAUGGCACAAAACAUAUUUGGCGAACUAGUCCGCCGCCAUGGGAAACGUGUAAAAGCUGGCCUAUAUAUUUUAAAUUUGUUCAAAAUGAGUAUGAGAUGUAUAACGUCCUUGUUCAUGAUCCUUCUAUUAUAGCAAGAGUAGUGCUAGAUGAUUUAGGAGCCAUCAAAUUUUUAAUAUGGCACGAAAAAGAUGUUCAAUGGAAGGAGUUCUGGUCAACUCCAAGAGAUAGCUGCGAUCUAUAUGGGAAAUGUGGUGCUAAUAGCAAAUGUGAUUCAUAUCCUGGUAGUAAAUAUGAAUGCGAUUGUUUACCUGGGUAUGAACCCAAGUCACUAAGGAACUGGCAUCUAAGGGAUGGAUCAGAUGGAUGCAUCAGAAAGCGAUUGAAUUCUUCUUCAGUUUGUGGGCGUGGCGCAGGAUUUCUGAAAGUGGAAAAUGUUAAGGUUCCUGAUUCAUCUACCGCAGUUAGGGUUGACUUGAAAUCAAGUCGCAUAGAAUGUGAAAGAAAAUGUCAGAGUGAUUGUUCCUGCUCUGCAUAUUCAAAUAUGAAUUUAUCUGGAAAUGGAAGCGGUUGUUUACGCUGGUACGGAGAUUUAGUUGACACCAAGAGUUUCACGGGUUCAAUUGGUUUUGAUCUUUAUGUUCGUGUUGAUGCAUUGGAAUUAGAAUUAGCUGAGAGUUCGAGAGAUUCGAGCAGCAUGUUUGAAAAGAAAGGAAUGCUUCUAAUCAUAAUACUAUCUUCUUCUUCAGCAUGGUUUGUCCUCAUUAUCAUAUUGGUGUGGUUUUGCCUUAUUUCAAAAAAGAAAAGGACAAAGAAGAGCCGAAAGAACAAAAGAUUACUUGAUACAUUAGUCAUGGAAAAUGAGCUUGAAGAAGGAAGCAGGAGUCAUCGAGACUCGGUACUCCUCGAUAUCAAUACCAUACUUGCUGCCACUGAUAAUUUCUCUCCGUCAAACAAAAUUGGACAAGGUGGCUUUGGGAAAGUUUAUAAGGGUCAAUUGGCUACCGGGAAAGAGAUUGCAGUAAAAAGAAUGUCGAAAAGUUCAAGGCAGGGAAUGGAAGAAUUUAAUAACGAAGCUAUCUUGAUUGCAAGGCUACAACACAGGAAUCUUGUCAAACUUGUAGGUUGCUGCAUUCAGGAAAAAGAACAGAUAUUAGUCUAUGAAUACAUGCCCAACAAAAGUUUGGACUCAUUUCUUUUUGAUGAAACAAGAAAGUCACAAUUAGAUUGGGAAAAACGCUGUAAUAUUAUUGAUGGGAUGGCACGUGGUAUUUUGUAUCUUCAUCAAGAUUCGAGGUUAAGAAUUAUUCAUAGAGAUUUGAAAACCAGCAACAUUCUAUUAGAUGCAGAAAUGAAUUCAAAAAUUUCGGAUUUUGGCAUGGCUAAAAUAUUCCAAAAUGAUCAUGUUCAUGGCAAAACAAAUAGAAUUGUUGGAACAUUAGGAUAUAUGUCACCUGAGUAUGCAACUUUUGGAAUAUUUUCAGUAAAGUCUGACGUAUACAGUUUUGGAGUCAUAUUAUUAGAGAUCAUAAGUGGCAAGAAGAACAAUGGUUUUAGUCAACAAGAUCCUUCUCUAAGCUUGAUAGAACAAGUAUGGAAAUUAUGGAAUGAAGACAGAGCAUUGGAGAUAGUUGAUGCAUUAUUGAAGGAGUCUUAUGAUCCACAAGUAGCUUUGAGAUGCAUUCAAAUAGGACUUUUAUGUGUCGAAGAAAAUGCAAAGCAAAGACCAAGCAUGUUAGAAGUCGUUUUAAUGUUGAAGAGUGAAACUGCUCUUCCCUCUCCUAAACAGCCUGCUUUCAUUUUCAGAUCAACUUCAAGCAAUUCUAGGUUACCAGGAGAAGAAGCCAGACCAUAUUCUAUAAACGACAUGACAAACAGUAUCGUUUUAACACGGUAAUUUUCCAUGAUAAAAAAAAAUGUGUUACAUUUACUGUAUCAUUUCUUUUAUUAUUGUUAUAAUCUUGUGAAUAACUUGUAUCAUUUCCAAAGUGCUUGUAACUAGAGAUUUCAAAACAGACCGUCUCAUAGGAUAUAAUUUAGUUGUUUUUAGAAUUUUGGAAGUGUAUUGAAAGGUACUUAUUGCUUAUUCACUAUUAAAGGUUUGUUGAUUUUCAUAUUG